AUGCAGUCGAUUUCUCUUCAGACAGGUAUAUUCAUCACCAUGCCCGCUUCAAAGACUGCGAAUGUUGUCCUCGCCCGUGGUAUUAAUGCUAUUUCGCGCAACAGUCUUUCAAAAAAGAAUGGACGUGGUAAAAUGAUUAAGAAGGGUGGCGAGAAGAAGGUUAUUGCUACUAAGAAACUGGUUACUAAGAAAUGGUAUCCGGCUGAUUUUAUUCCAAAACCACUUGCGUCGGCAAAGAUUAAACGUAACAGUGUCAAGACUGCUAAGCUACGCAAAUCCAUCACUCCUGGCACGGUACUCAUUCUACUCUCAGGCCGUUUCCGUGGCAAGCGUGUGGUAUUUCUGAAACAACUGCCAUCGGGCUUGCUUCUUGUUACUGGCCCGUACAAGGUCAACGGUGUGCCCCUCCGUCGCGUAAACCAGUCAUACGUGAUUGCCACGUCGACAAAGGUGAACAUUGAGAACUUGGAGCUUCCUGCCAUUGACGAUCCUUACUUUUCCAAGGAGAAGGCCGCCAAGAAGAGCAAGGAGGAUCAAUUCUUUGCCCAGUCGAGCUCUGCCCCUGUCAUCUCAGAGCAGCGCAAGAAAGACCAGAAGACCGUGGACUCGGCUUUGAUCAAAAAGCUGGACGCCGAGCCGUUCCUCAAGGCCUACCUGAACGCCAAGUUCUCACUGACCAAGCGCGACCGUGCCCACGCUCUUAAGUUCUAA